UCUUUUUUUUUCUUAAUGUUUUGGGGGUUUAUUGUUCCCUUGUCAUAGACACGUUUUGCUGCAUUCCUCUGAAUAAUCCAGCUGACCUUUACGGUUUGAGUCGUCCCACGCCUUUUGGGAUGUUUUCCUCCUUCUCCAUCCCUCGCUUUCGGGUAAAGCUCCGCCCCCCUCGUGCGUUCGGCUCUUUAUAAGGAGCGUCGGGCGCGUCAGGGCGGACAGAGCUCACAGCGCAGACAGACGGACAGUCGACCAACCAAUCACCUGCAGAUCCGCAGAACAGCACGAGAGCGCGCCAUGGCAGACGAGCAGCGCAGCCUGAUCAGCGCACGCGUCAUCGGAGGCGUCCGCAGGGACACACCGAGACUCAAGACGUUCAUGGUUUCUGUCAUCUGGUCUGAUGGGAGUGAAAUCAUCAUCUACAGAUCCUUCAAGGACUUCAAGAAAUUCCAUGACCAGCUAAAAAAGCGGUUCCCCAACCUGACUCCUUUCCGGAAGGAUGACAGAAUGCUGCCAAAGUUUAAUGGGAAAGCCAGGAGAAGCAGCCUCAAGCAGAAAGGGUCCAAGAAGUCGGUCAGACAGAUGGAGUUCCUGGAGAGCUACUGUGACAAACUGCUCAAGCGUGGCCCAAACGUGACCCAAAGCUUGGAGGUGACCCGCUUCUUCACGCCAAAGGACCACGACCUGGAGCCGGAUUUCACCAAGAACUCGGUGAUGAUCAUGGUGUCCGACGACGGCGAGCAGGCGGGCUCCCGGCACUUCGGAGGAAACGUCACCCACCCCUUCGUCACCCAGACCUACCGCUGCGUGGCUCCGUACGAGACCAAAGACACCAAGAACCGCCCCUUCAAGGUGGCCGUGGACGAGAAGCUGGACGUUCUGAUCAAAGACCCUGCAGGCUGGUGGCUGGUGGAGAGUGAGGACAAGCGCCUGGCUUGGUUUCCUGCUCCAUACCUGGAGGUGUUGGAUGGAGAGGAUGAGGACGAUGAUGGAUACCUGGGAGGUACUUUGUACUGCGCUGUGAGGAGUUACUCCACCAAGAAAAACGACGAGGUGUCUUUGUCUAUUGGCUCGGUGGUGGAGGUGCUGAGGAAGUCUGAUGACGGCUGGUGGCUCAUCAGAUUCAGUGGAAAGGUCGGUUACAUUCCCGCCAUGUACCUGCAGCCUUACAACAACCCCAGGGCGGGCCUCCACGGCCUGCACAGCAAGAUCCACACCUCCACCUUGAACCUGUCAACCAUCAGGGAUCCGGUUCAAUCCAGAAUGCCGAGGCGGGACUCUCCCAGACAAUCCAGCCUGGACUCCAACGUUCCGGCGCGAGUCCACAAAGCCAAGUCGCUGGACGUCCUCUCCGAGCCCUGGCUGCAGGGGGAGGAGGAAGCCCCCACGCCCGACGGGCGCACUCGCAGCAUGAGCGGCAGCGACGAGUCCAUGUUCUCCGACUUCUCCUCCAGCAGCGGGUCCUCCUCAAGCCUGAGAGAGGAGGCGCAGGGGGAGGACGACGACCGGAGUUCUGGCUCCAACAGCUCCGGGUUUGCCGAGCCGACGGGGCCCAGAGUCCCCCCCAGACCCAAGGCGGAGGAGAUCCUGACCCGCUGCACCACCAUGACGCGCAAGGCCGCCCUGGCCACCAAGACCCGGCUCCAGAUCCAACCCGAGUCCAUUCACAGCCGCUGAGCAGAUGAACUGUCUUCUGUUUCUAGAAAUCGUUUUAAUCAGUGCAAUCACUCCUAUCUGCAGCGCUGUUGAUUGAUUGGAAAUCUUUGACGAGAUCCGGGUCGAGCUUUAAAACCAUGCUGAGAAAUGUUUUUUUUUUUCAAACACAGAUUGGCAUUUUGAGUUUAUGCUUUGUAGCUUCAGUGAAGCGUUCACACGAAAAUCUUCAAAUCAAACACGACUGGUCUGAGACGUCUGCUGUAUAUUUGUGGUCCUUAAAGUGAUUUAUUCAUUUUCAAAACUUGGACUCUUUUUGUUCAUUGCUGUACCUGAAUGUUUGACUGUAUCUUACAUAAAUACGUACGCUGUGUUUAAACAGUUUGUGAUGCUGCACAUAAAUGCAGGUCAGCCAGUACAAAACCUGACCGGUAUGUAGUCGCAGUGUCUUCCUAUAAUCUGAAGAUACGCUGUUAUUUUUCUCUUUUCUUCCUUUGAUUCUGUACUGAAUUACUGCCUGGAAGAGUUUACAAUGUUCAUGUGGCAUAAAAAGGUCAAUAAAAUCUCUUUGAACUGAA